AUGUUUGCGGAUGGCUUAUACUUAUCAUUGAUUUCAACGAUUGUUCUUCAUCAAACUGCAACGCAUGCUCUCCGAGUGCUUCCAACAGAGGCAGCAAUAGGUUUACCUGCGACCACAAUUUCGACAUCUGAAAGCACAAAGCACGAAAAUAUAACAGCAAGAGUAGACUCGAUCAAGCUGCGAAUCGAUCAAAGUAAAAAUAUCAUACAUAACACAUUUAGUCAAAUAGAUCGAGGAACAUUCAUACGUGCGACAAUUGUACUUGCUGGUAUUACUGCCCUCAUUUUGAUGUAUGUUGGAUUAAAAGCUUUCCUUUUACGCAAAAAACGACAACCAAAACGAUAUACAUUGAUCACAGAUCCAACAGCAAUUGAAGCACCACUUUUCGAUGCUAAUGACGAUGAAGACGAAAUCGAAGACGAUACUCUAUUUGUCCGCAAAUAG